CUGGAGAGCUUCGAUUCAUCGGUACAAGCCCGAGAAGACACGGUACGCUCAUUUCCGACAAGGGGACACUCUUUUAGCAGACUCUGGUUGGCAUUGCAGUUUCUGUUUCAGACACAUCAGCGAGUUUGUGUUCAAGAUGAAAGCGUAUAGUCACAAUGAUAGAGUUAGAUUCUCUCAUUAUCUGAAUCCCAAAAGGAUACAAGAUGUGAUAUGUAGAGGAACUGAUUUGUUUGACAUGCUUCCUGAAGAGCAUACGUUUAGGGAGAUCAUUGGGAAGCUAGGUCCGAUCCCUAGGUCUUACUCAGCUGUUCAUCUCCCGG